ACACUUGGACCCCCGUCUCCAUGGGAAUGAAGGCCCUUGGACUUCUGGUGAUCUUCAUCUCCUGCUUGCUGGGCCCCACCCAUGGCAGCUUCUGGCAGCUUCAGAGGAUGGUCAAACUUGUCACGGGGCGCAACGCCUUCUCCUAUUACGGAUACGGCUGCUACUGUGGACUCGGAGGCAAAGGGACCCCUGUGGAUAACACUGACAGGUGCUGCCAGACCCAUGACUGCUGCUAUGAGAAGCUGAAGCAGGGCGGCUGCCAGCCUGUGCUGAACAACUACCAGUUCCACCUGGUCAACGGCUCUGUGUUUUGUGAAUGUGCCUUGGGCCUCAGCGUCAGCGGCUGCCUGUGUGGGCUGAGGGCCUGCGAGUGUGACAAGCGGUCUGUGUACUGCUUCAGAGAGAACCUGCCCACCUAUAAGAAGAGCUUCACCCAGUUCUCCAGCCGGCCCUACUGUGGCACAAAGCGAUCUCUGUGCUAGGGCAGCCGCGGGUCACCUGUCGGCCAGCCCCUGCCUUGGG